CCUCCCUCUCCAGCUUCCUCCCUGCCGCUGGGGGGGGAGCCGCACUCGCGUUCCGCGCGCGCUGGCUCACUGCGCCUGCGCGGCGCGUGGACGCCGCACGUUCCCGGAAGUAGGAGGUGGCCGCCGGAGUUUGUGUGGCCGCCGCCGCGGGAACGCGAGCCCAGUCAUUUUUCAACCGAGAAAGGCGAGGUUUUUUGGGCACGGCAGAGUGAGAGCCAGCGAGUGUCCGACUCCGACAGCUGUCUUCUGACGUGACAGCCGGCAUGGAGGAGCCUCAGGGCAAAGAGCCUGGCGGCGAGGCCGUGACUCUCGCGCAGCCGGAGUCGCCGCGGCCAGAAUGUGAGGAGGCAUCGCAGCAUCCCAAGCUCGAGAAAAAACAACGAUGUAGAUUUGAUGGCCAAGAAACAAAAGGAUCUAAGUUCAUUACCUCCAACACAAGUGAUUUCAGUGAUCCAGUUUACAAAGAGAUUGCUAUUACCAAUGGUUGUAUUAAUAGAAUGAGUAAGGAAGAACUCAGAGCUAAACUUUCAGAAUUCAAACUUGAAACCAGAGGAGUAAAGGAUGUACUAAAGAAGAGACUGAAGAACUACUAUAAGAAGCAGAAGCUGAUGUUGAAAGAGAGCAAUUGUGCUGACAGUUACUAUGACUACAUUUGUAUUAUUGACUUUGAAGCCACUUGUGAAGAGGGUAACCCACCUGAGUUCAUACAUGAAAUAAUUGAAUUUCCUGUUGUUUUACUUAAUACACAUACCUUAGAAAUAGAAGAUACGUUUCAGCAGUAUGUAAGGCCAGAGAUGAACACACAGCUUUCCGAUUUUUGCAUCAAUCUUACUGGAAUUACUCAGGAUCAGGUAGACAGAGCUGAUACCUUCCCUCAGGUACUAAAAAAAGUAAUUGACUGGAUGAAAUUGAAGGAAUUAGGAACAAAGUAUAAAUAUUCCAUAUUAACAGAUGGUUCAUGGGAUAUGAGUAAGUUCUUGAACAUUCAGUGCCAACUUAGCAGACUCAAAUAUCCCCCUUUUGCUAAAAAGUGGAUCAAUAUUCGAAAGUCAUAUGGAAACUUUUACAAGGUUCCUAGAAGCCAAACCAAACUGACAAUAAUGCUUGAAAAAUUAGGAAUGGAUUAUGACGGGCGGCCUCACAGUGGUCUUGAUGACUCUAAGAACAUCGCCCGAAUAGCCGUUCGAAUGCUUCAGGAUGGAUGUGAACUUCGAAUCAAUGAGAAAAUGCAUGCCGGACAGCUAAUGAGUGUGUCUACUUCCUCACCUAUAGAGGGCACUCCACCUCCACAGAUGCCACAUUUUAGAAAGUAACAGCAUUUUUUUCUGGAUGUAAUUGAAAUUGCUACAAAAAGGUAGCAGAUGAAUACCCAUUGAAUUAGUCCUGCAGUGCAAACUUUAAACACCUUAAAACACUUAAAAUCUUAUUACAAUUAGAGAUGGCGACAGAUUUUGCGGGAGGGCAUAUUGAAUUCUUUGUCACCAGCACUUUUGAUAUGAGCAGUAUUUGUUACAUAGUAGCAGUUCCUGCUUAGGAUUGAAUUUUAUAAAUUAAGGUGUCCAAGAAUAUGUUCCCUUUGGUUUUAAAUGCAAAGUCUUAAUUGGUUCUUCCCUUGAAUGUCAUAUCUUACUGUUGUUAAAAUAUAGAAUGUAUUUCUACAUUAACAUCUUAGAUCAAAUAGAUCUUAAAAUGCAGAAAAUAUUGGAAGGUAGACCUUAUCUAGCCUUUGGGUUUUAGGAAUAUCAUAGUCCUUUUGAUUUUUUGAAGGUUAUAUGUGAAGUUUAGCUAUGUGUGGUGAAUUUCAUAAGAUACUUGAUAUACAUAUCUACCUGUGUUUCUUUUUGACUCAUAAUUGGAAGGAUUAUGGUAGAGUAUAGGGUCUGGCUAAAAAAUUCAGUUACUGAUAAGAUUAAUGGGAAGUCAGAAGAAAAUGCUAUUUAAAGGAAUAUCAUAAGGGCUGUAGUUCACACUUUCUAAUACAUAAAUAAAUCAAUUUUUUAAAAAAUUUGAUUGUUUGGUUCCCCUCUCUCUUGUGACAUUUAUCUACCUUAAUUCUUCAAUCUAAGAGAUUAUGCUCUGAAAUAGACUCUAAAAUUAAGGAUUUGUAUUCAGUAUCACAAGUGAGGUUAAUAAAGUCAAAUGUUACUUUCUACCCAUGUCUUAUAUUUUUAUUAUUAAAAAUUCCAUUGGAUACCAGUGGAGUUAGUCAAUAAAAUAUUUGCUUGUCUGA